AUGGAGAAGGACAACGAGAAGUCGGUGGACAUCUCCACCAUCCAAAUCACCCACAAGCAUGUCGACCCAUCCAACUCCUCAGAGAAAGGCGCUCCUGAUCUCCGAACCAAGACAUGCAUAAUCAUCAACAUCAUUGCAACUGUCGCCAUUGUCUACGUCAACAAAUCCAUUUUCUCAGACCCCAAUUUCCGAGAAUGCCAACUCCUCUUCGUGGCAUACCACUUCACCGUGACAUGGCUCACGCUGUUCCUGGCCUCAAGGCAGCCCAUCGGCCUCUUCACCCCAGCCAGGACGAGUCUUCUGACCAUCCUUCCGCUCACGGUCGCCAUGGGUGCUAACGUGGUCUUGAUGAACCUAUCAUUGGCGUACUCGUCAGUUAUCUUCUCACAGAUCGUGCGUAUCCUGCUUGCACCCCUCACAGCCAUGAUGAAUCUUGUCAUCUACGGCGCUCGGAUUCCCAGUCUGGCAGUCGCAGCACUUGUCCCCGCAAGUCUCGGCGUGGCACUGGUAUCGUACAUCGAAGGGGCGGCCAAAGGUUCAGCCACAGCAUCCACAUCCAUGCUCGGCGUCAUCUUCGCCUUCUCGGGUGUGGCCGUAAGUGCGUUGUACACGGUCUGGGUCUCGGCGUACCAUCGCACAUUGAAACUAACCACUGCUCAACUCCUGCUCAAUCAGCUGCCGCUUGGCAUCACAAUACUGCUGGGCACGAGCUUCUUCACCGACAAAUAUCCCGAAUGGACAGAAGUGAGUGGACAGCAAUGGGCAAUGGUCGCAUUGAGCGGCUUCUGCGCCAUGCUCAUCAACGUCUCGCAAUUCUACAUCAUCACAAACGCCGGUCCAGUCAGCAGCACAGUCGUCGGACAUCUCAAGACAAUCCUCAUCAUUGGUCUGGGAUGGGUUGUCAAGCACGAGGCUGUUGGGCAUGAAAGUGCGCUUGGGAUCGCCUUUGCCGUGCUCGGAAUCUUCGGGUAA